AUGCUGGCUUCUACGGCUGUUGUCUUUGCCCUGGCAUGGUCGCAAACGGCACUCGGAGUCGACAAGUCUUAUCAAGUGGCAGAACCAAGUGAGACCGAGAGAACCACGCGCUGGAAAGGAGGAUACAGUUUCCAGGGCAUCCAGACUUUCGCCCAUUUGCCUCAUACGCUGUGUCUCAUCGAGCAGGAUGUAGAGUUUGAUCUCGCGAUAAUCGGGGUUCCAUUCGACACCUCAGUUGCAUAUCGUCCAGGUGCGCGAUUUGGACCAAAAGCCAUCCGUGGUGCCAGUCAGCGGCAAAUCCCAGCUCGGGGGUUCAACCAUGCCCAAGGUCUGAACCCAUAUCAAAACUGGGCAACUGUUAUCGAUUGCGGGGAUAUUCCUGUCACGCCGUUUGACAAUGCUGUGGCGUUCGAGCAAAUGACAGAGGCGUAUCGAGACCUGCUUCGACGACCAGCGAAGACGCAACCAAAGGCCCCCACACCCAAGACUCUGGGGAAGGAUGGAAUUUACCAUCCACGACUGGUGACGCUGGGCGGGGACCACUCCGUGGCGCUGCCUGCGCUGAGGGCUCUUCACGAGAUCUAUGGUCCUGUCAGCGUUCUGCAUUUUGACUCUCAUCUUGAUACUUGGAAUCCAUCUUCGUUAGCAGGAGCUUGGGCUUCAGAACAGUCGAAUUACAAUCAUGGGUCCAUGUUCUGGAUCGCUCAUAAUGAGGGCCUCAUUGCCAAGGAAGGCAACAUCCAUGCUGGGUUACGAACACGCAUUUUCGGCAACGAUUACGGUGACUAUGCUGAAGACGCCAAGCAGGAUUUCCAGUACAUCGAGACCGAAGAUCUUGACAUUGUCGGUAUCGACGGCGUCGUGAGUCGCAUCAUAGAAGUUGUCGGCGACAGAUUGGUCUACGUCAGCAUUGACAUCGACGUGCUCGAACCAGGACUCGCUCCAGGUACAGGGUGCCCAGAGCCAGGAGGCUGGACAACGAGAGAACUCAAGGCCAUGUUGCGGGGUUUACAAAAGUUGAACAUCGUCGGUGCAGAUGUUGUCGAGGUGGCUCCGCCGUACGACGACUCCGGAGAGUCUACGGCGUGGGCGGCAGCGGAUCUGGCAUAUGAACUGCUAGGCUUGAUGGUCGGAAACCCACCUUAUCCAGUGGAAGGGUAUGUUGCGAGGAAGAAGUUUGCACCAAAAUGGCAUGAGGCAUCGGGUCGCAAGGACGAGCUUUGA